GUUCUGUGUACGUGUACUUUCUCUUCAUGGCCACGUCCUGCACUCGAUUUUCCUAGCGUUGACUCUAGCACUCUUUUUUUAACGAUAUAUACGACCAAAGACUCCUAAGUGCCUUCGCCAAGUUGACUGCAUACGUGGAACCAUGUCACCACACUCAACAAAUUUCGUCGACCCAUCCAGUCUUUCUCUCCCUUCCUCUUCCUUCCUCAAGCGUCCUGCAUCUCCCUCAUCAUCUCGUGCAGACUCUCCUGAUGUAUCGAUACAGGAGCCUCCACGUAAGCGCCCUCGCUCAGCCAUAACACCGGAAGAGCGCAAAGAGGCCCGUGCACACCGCAACCGCAUAGCGGCACAAAACUCCCGUGACCGCAGAAAAGCUCAAUAUUCCUUUCUCGAGCGUAGAGUUAAUGAACUCGAGGAAGAGAAUAGACGUCUUCGCGCUGGUGUCCCAAUCACCAUCCCUGCUUCACCCUCGGCCAGCUCCACCUCAGAGCCCGAGGCUGUUACCAUUGAGCAGGAGCAGGAGCGCAAGCGAAAACGUGCCGAGGAACAACGAGAACGUGAAAAUUCCGAGCUGCGCGAACGCAUUCGAACGCUAGAGAUGGGUUAUGAGGCAGUGUUGCGGACCUUGGCAACCCAAGGCGCCAACCCGCCUGCUCUCCACGAGACUUCAAGCUCGACUCCAAUCCUCUCAUCCGCUUGCGCACCAUCACCUGCGGAGGCAAAUUCUCCUUCAACAGCAGACUCUGCAUCUCCAACCCCCUCAUCACCUAAAUCGACAUCCCUAGCAACCCUUUCUUACCCACUUUCUCCUGCACCAACGCAUUCUACGCUCACGGACAGCCCCAUGCUGUUUUUGGGUGACUCAUUCGACUUCCCACCCAGUCCCGCAUUUACUCUUUCAGAUCUCACGCCAUCCGACUCGCCAGCACCUGUUGACACACCACAGGAAACUCUCGACCUCUCCUUGAUUACGCAUACUCCCACUCGCCACCUAGCAGCGGGUGGGCAGCAUACGUCUAGUCACAGGACCGGUGAGGGCAUCCAGAUGUACAACAGUGCUGCGAUCGAGCCUGAAGACGAGGCAGCCACAGACGCAGCCCUUACACGCCUGUUCGCAGAGAUCCUCGCGUCGCCGCCGACUGGCACUUGCGCUCUUCCAGUCACUUGCCCUUCGGCAAAAGACGCGAACAACACGCAGGUGCUGAGUGAGCCCACUUCCAUGGAGGAGGCCGGCCUGGGGCUGGUUACGAGUGGGAUUGACACAGCUAACUGGGCGGAACAAGUCAGUGUAGAGAUGGGAAUAGAAAGACUGCUAGAGAUGCUGCCGAGUACGCAGGACAUCGCUAUGGACUCAAGCACUACCUUCGAUGUUGACGCCGACUUCUCGGAUGCGCUGGUGUGGGACGAGGUUAGCGUCUACUGAUCUGAUGAACCUUUCGACCACCCUUCAUCAAGCGCCCGAUCAACAUCAUCGGUUUCCGUGACAUAUCUAUCAUUGUUAUUGUCUUUCGCAUCCAUCUCAUCACUCAUCGGACUCGUCAUCAUCAUUUUCGUUCCCAUAAAGCUGUCUAUGUUCUAUCUAUCUCCUACUCUACCUUGCUUUAUUUUGGCUCCUCCUGGUCUCCUCGCCUUCGUCUUCUUUUUGUAUUUGGCAUCACUCGCUUUUGUCACGCAUCCACACUUACCUACGCCUACACCUACAUCCGACUUGUUCGUUCCAACCCCC